GGAUAGGUGUAAUUGGAGUUUAUUUGAUAAUGAGUUGUAUAAAUUGAUGUAUAUAGGUAUUGUCCAACUUGGAGCAUCUGAGUAUUGACUCUAAAGGAGUAGAGUGGUUAAUGAGCAACACACGCAAGUACCUCUUUACCUCUUUGAAACACCUUUGCUUGAAGGAUUGGCAGAGCCAUCAUCAUGACGAGACUCUAUACUGCUUCCUCCACACCAUUCCUAAUCUACAAAUCUUUGAAUUGGGUUAUGAUAAUAACAUUAGAGAGUUCGUGCCAAGUGGAAACACUGCACCGAAGCAAAGAUUGGGAACCGUAUUGCUACUUAAGGAAUUAAAACUUUUGUGGGCACCACAGAUGGAGGAUAUUGGAUUUGAAAGAGAUCCUGCUCUUCAGAGAUCACUGCACCGCUUGGUCUUAAUGGAUUGUCACAGAUUGAGGAGGUUGGCACCUUCCUCGGUGUCCUUCACUCACUUGACAUACUUGGAAGUAUCUUAUUGUAAAGAAUUGAAAAGUCUAAUGACAUGCUCAACAGCAAAGAGCUUGGUUCAACUCACCACCUUGAAGGUACGGUAUUGUCUUCAAUUAAAUGAAAUAGUUACCAAGGAUGAGCAGGAAAAUGAGGAGGGGAUUAAAAUUGUGUUUGCCAAGUUGAUAACUAUACAACUUGAAGGACUAAGCAACCUCACAAGUUUCUGUAGCAACUCGAAUUGUGAGUUUUCGGUGCCAUUGUUGGAAAAAUUAAUUGUGACAGAAUGUCCCAAGAUGAAAACGUUUACUACAAAGCACAUAACAGCGCCCAAGCUACAAAGCGUACUUGGUGAGGAAGAGAAAGGGUAUUGGAAAGGAGACCUGAAUGCCACCAUUCAAAUGCUGUUUACGGAUAAGGUUUAUUUGGAGCUUUCGAAUCAUCCAGAGUUAAAACAAGUAUGGUGUGACAAAACCUUGGUGCAAGUGAACAGGUUUCAGAAUGUAAAAUCUUUGGUUGUGAAGAGAUGUCAUGAUCUUGUGCAUGUAAUUCCAUCUCAUUUGCUUCAUUGCUUUAAGAAUUUGGAAGAUCUGCAAGUAUCCGAUUGCGAUGGAGUGCAAGUCAUCUUUAACAUGGAUGACAGUAACAAUAAACAGGUGACAAAAGCAAUGGGGUUGUCUCGUUUGAUGAAAAUAUUAUCUUUAAAGAAUCUACCAAAUUUGGAACAUGUAUGGAACAAAGAUUCAAUAGAAAUUAUUCACUUUUCUGCUCUGCAAGAUUUGAGCAUUGAAAAAUGUGAUAGUUUGAAAUAUGUGUUUCCAACAUCCAUUGCUGAAGACCUUGCCAUGCUGAAUAAUCUUUCGGUAGAAGACUGUGAGAAAAUGGUAAAAAUCUUUGCAGAAGAUAAAAGAACCUCAGAAUUAGGAGACACCAAAACAUUUGAGCUUCCUUCUUUGACUUCACUGGUGCUUAGAGAGCUGCCAAUGCUCAAACACUUUUAUCCGGGACUACAAAAGCUUCAAUUUCCGAAGCUUAAACAACUAUAUAUACAUGUCUGUAAAUGGAUGAUACUCAGUUGUCAAGAGGCAGAGGCAUUUAUAGAUCAACAAAUUCUACUUCCAAUCGAGCAGGUUAAUCUUCUAUUUCAGAGCUUGAAGAAAUUAUCAUUUGAUAUGAGAGGCGCCAAGUUGACUUGGGAACUAAAGUCUCGGAUACUUGGAUUCGGGAAGUCAGAAGAAAGGGUUGAAGAGGUGCUAUUUGAGGAAAAACCUAAGGCUGAUUAUGUUCAACUCCUAUCGCAUCUCCCUCUCAAAGGGUUAAGCAUGUCUUCUCUUUUGAGACUCAAGUCCAUUGGUUUCGAUCACUCUUGGAUACACCCCAUCCUUGAUAAUAUCCAAACAUUGGAAGUGAAGUGGUGUCUUGAUAUAAAGAACUUAGUAGCAAGCAAGGUGUCUUUCUCUAGUCUGACGAAAUUGAAUAUAUAUCAUUGCAUUGAUUUGUUGUAUGUGUUCACAUCUUCAACAGCAGAAAGUUUGAGUCAACUCAAGCAUAUGGAGAUAAGCUAUUGUAGUUCAAUGCGAGAGAUAAUAUGCAAAGAGGAUGAUGAAUCUAAUGAGAACAUAAUAUUUGAGCAGCUUCAGUUUUUGCAUCUUGAAGAGCUGCCAAUGCUGAGAUGGUUAUACUCAGGCAAACGUACUUUGUGUUUUCCAUCAUUGCAACACUUAUCCAUCUUUGGCAGAUUCUGGAGUAUGACAACAUUCUGUCCCCACAUUCACAUAAUAAAUCUAAAUUCAGUCAAGUUGCGCUCAGGACAAAGGUGGAUUAAUGAAUAUGAAGUCCAAUGGGAAGUUGAUGUUGAUACCACCAUUCGCAAAAUGAAUAACAAAAAAAUUUUACUCAGAGAAAGUCUAUAUUUUCAAGAGAUGUGGCGUGCCUCAUUGCCGCUCUCUGAAGCAUGCUUCAGUAAUUUGCAGUCCUUGGUUGUGCAUCAAUGUGAUUUUUUAUCGGAAGUAAUACCUGCUAAUUUACUUCCUUUUUUAAAUAACAUGCGAAAAUUGAAAGUUCAAAAAUGUAGUUCCGUGAAAACUAUAUUUGAUGUGAAAUGCAUAACAAAAGACAGGACACUCCUACCAAUUAAAUUUUCACUGAAGAAGUUGGUCUUAGAAAAGUUGCCGAAUUUGGAUAGCAUUUGGAAUGAAGAUCCUGAUGGGAUACUCGACUUUCAACUUAUACAACAAGUGCAUGUUGAUACAUGUAAAAGUCUUACCAGCUUGUUCCCAAAAUCAGUAGGCAAGGAUCUUGUCAAUCUUGAAAAUCUAGAGUUGAAACAUUGUAAAAGCUUGGUGGAAAUCAUUGCAGGGAAUGAAACUACACCAGAAAGAGCAAUUUCAAACCUUAUUAAGUUCCCACGUUUGACUUCAUUGAUACUAUUGGAUUUACCAAGCUUCAAUUGUUUCUACUGUUCAUUGCAUUGUGUCCUGUUGAAGACACUCAAUGAUCAUGAUCCACAAAUUGAGGACCAAGUCUCUUUUAAAGAGGUUACUCCGAAAUUGACCAACAUGUUGUUUGGUAAAAGAGAAGCGAAGAUGAUUGGACAUGAAGAAUGUGAGGGAAGCCACUUUUGCGACAUAAAUGUUCCUGCUAUGCACAGCUUUAAUGUUGAGCUUGAGUCUGAUGAACUUCCAUAUACAUUUCUCCAAAAGGUGUCCUGUAUAGAAAAUCUCGAAGUGAAAAAUAGUUCCAUCAAAGAGAUAUUCUACUCUGAAAACUCUAAUGUGGAUUGUGUCCAAGUUUUACCACGUCUUAAGGAAUUGAAGUUGACUUCUCUUUCUGAACUAAUUUCCAUAGGAUUUGAACACUCUUGGAUACGAGAAUCAUCAAUUCUCAAAACUCUGGUAACCUUAGAAGUAAGAAGCUGCUCUGGUUUAACAAGCUUAGUUUCUUCUCCUGUAUAUUUCUCCAAUCUGACGCAUUUGAUUGUAUCUGAAUGCGAUAGCAUGAUAUAUUUGUUCACAUCUGCAACAGCUAAAAGUUUGACUCAACUCAAAAAAAUAGAAAUAUCUAAUUGUAAAUCUAUGCAAUGGAUUGUGUCUAAUGAAGGAGAAGUAGCAAUUCAUGAUGAGAUAGUAUUUGAGCAGCUGCAAGAGUUACGACUUGAGUGUUUAAAAAACCUUAGAAGAUUUUACAAUGGGGGUUUUACCUUAACCUUUCCAUCAUUGGAGGAAUUGCAAGUAUUUGAGUGCAACAGGAUGGAAAUUUUCUGUGAAGGUACCAUCAAUACAAACAAGUUCUGUGAAGGUACCAUCAAUACAAACAAGUUGUCAGCAGGUUUUUUUAAUUAUGGAGAUAAAACCACAUUGGAAGUUGAUCUCAAUUCUACCUUACGAAACACUUACAGGACAGAGGUUGCAAAAUUUGUGAGGGAAGUAAAGGAAUUGAAGCUCCGCGAACACCCAAGGAUACAUGGAAUAUGGAAUGGUCCAUUUCGAGUUCCAUCCUUGUGCUUCAUCAGAUUGAAGAUCUUGGUUGUGGAAAGAUGUGAAUUCACGUCUAUUGUAAUACCCUCUCACAUACUCAGUUUGCUAUGUAAAUUGGAAGAGUUGGUAGUGCGACAAUGUGAUUCUGUGAAAGCAAUAUUUGAAGUGACACAUGAAGAAGACACAAAGAUCAAUUCUUUAAGGUCUGGCCUAAAGAAAUUGACUAUUGAGCAGCUACCAAAUCUUGAACAUGUUUGGGAUUCAGAUCCUACUCAACAAAUUAGUUACUUUCAGAGCUUUCAAGAAGUCUACGUUCAUGGAUGCAACAACCUUCAAAGGUUAUUUCCAACAUCUGUAGCUGAAGAUCUAAAUAAACUUGAGAAACUGGAAGUAACAGAGUGUGAUAGAUUGGUGGAAAUUGUUGCAAAGGAUGAAGUAGUUGUUGAAGGAGCUCCUAAAGAGUUUGCAUUGCAAAGCAUGACCUCCAUAAAAUUGUGGUCUUUGCCAGAAUUGAAAUGUUUUUACCCUGCUCCGCACAAGCUAGAAUGCCCCAAGCUAGAGGAAGUGCACUUAUUCCACUGUGAAAAGUUGAAGACAUUCCAAUUUGAGUCUCAGAAAUUUCAAUAUCCACAAGCAGAGAAUCAAGCCAUUUUCUUGCCAGAAAAGGUAAUCCCGUACUUGAAGUUUCUAGCAGUCAGCAAGGAGGAUAUCAUGAUGAUGUUGCAUGGACAGUUUCAAUUGAACAACCUUCCAAAAUUAGAAGCUCUUCAAUUGCAAUGUUUUCAUGAUGAUUCAGAUACUUUACCAUAUGAAUUUCUUCAACGGUUGCCCAAUGUAGAAAAGCUCGUUGUAUGUUGUAGCUCUUUCAAAGAGAUAAUCUGCACUAAAAGACCUACCAUGGAUUGUGUCAAAGAAAUUAUUCCACAAGUGAAGUGUUUGCAGUUGAGUACCUUGUCUCAGUUGAAUUCCAUUGGGUUAGAGCAUUCUUGGGUGCAACACAUUUCUGAAAAUAUUGAAAAAUUGCAAAUAGAUAACUGUCAUAGUUUGAGGAGCAUAGUACCAAGCAAGGUAUCGUUCUCGAGCCUAAUAGAGUUGAACAUAUCAGAAUGCAAUGGGCUUGUGAAUUUGUUCACACCUUCAACAAGCAGAACUCUGCAUCAUCUGAAGAACAUGUCCAUAGAAAACUGUGAAUCAUUGAAAGAGAUUGUGUCUGAAGAAGAAGUAGAAGAGUCAUCAGGGCAUGUAGAAGAAGAGAUAAUAGUAUUUCAUAAACUGAAAACUCUGUCCCUUCACUCUCUACCAAACCUUGGAAGGUUUUACAAUGGCAACAUUGGGUUAAAAUUUCCAUCCUUGGUUCAUUUGUUGCUAAUCGAUUGCAGCAAGAUGGAAAGUUUUUGUGCAGGUACAGUAUCUGUGAACAGGUGGAUGGAAGUUCAAUUCAAGGACGAAGAAGAUACUGAAGUCUACCCGUUUGAUGAUAUGGAAGAAAAGCAUGCAUUGUUGGUUGAGGGUGAUCUCAAUUGUGCUGUACGGAACGUAUUUGAAGGGGUAUGUUUUUAAUUCCUUUAUCUUUUUAGUCCAUGUUUUGAUGAGAAUAAAUAAAGUUUACUUCCUGAAAUUUAUUAAAAGAAUUAACUUCAUUUGAUAAGCUAGGAAGCAAACAGAAAGGGAUACUCAUUCUGUAAAAUCAUCUAUACACAAUAUGCAAAUACCCUAAAUAUCAACCCCUGUUAAUUAGGUCUCUUCUGCAUGCAUCCUAUAUGUAUUCCUGUGGGACCAGUUGUUAUACAAAAACACCAAAGAUUCCUACUCACCUACAAACCAGAAAGACCAGAAAAGGAAAAGAUUACCAAGUUAAAUGUUUUGCAUUUUGCUCUUAUUCAUAAUUCUCAUACCCACUUCAGAGAUAUGUAAGGGACAUGCAUCAUAUUCCUUCUCUCUUCCAUUAUUGUAUACUACUUGUUCAUCAAUCAUCAUACAUUUUACUUGCUUACUAGCUAGUUUUAAAACUCUUUUAA